AUGACGUGUUUUAAGCUCCCCGUGUUGUUGUGUGAUCGGAUACAGUCAGCUCUAACCAGAUAUUGGUGGGACGGAAAUGAUGGGAGCAGAAAGAUGGCAUGGGUCUCAUGGACAAAAAUGACCCAACCAAAGGCUAAGGGCAGCCUGAACUUCAAGGAUUUCCAGAGCUUUAACGAUGCGUUCUUAGCAAAGUUAAGCUGGAGACUAAUCAACAAUCCCCACUGUCUCUUGAGCAGAGUGCUAAAAGGAAAAUAUUUUGCCGACGAGACCUUUCUAACAGCAUCACAUAAGUCAGUAGAAUCUCAUGGCUGGAAGGGACUUUUGGUGGGACGGGACCUCAUCUGUAGUAAUGCUGGAUGGGCUGUUGGGAAUGGCGAGUCGAUUCACGUAUGGACAGACUCUUGGCUGAGCAAUACCGAGCAACUCCGACCCAUGGGACCAGCACCAGAAAACCAACAAGACCUUAUGGUGGCUCAUCUCCUUCUACCAGACAAAUCGGAUUGGGACAGAGAAGCUAUACGCCGAGUGAUCCCACAUGAGGAAAGCAAAAUCGUAAGUCUGAAACCUAGCCGAACUGGAGCACCUGAUAAACUCAUUUGGUUAGGCACCAGGUCUGGAGAUUAUACUACAAAGUCGGGUUACAGAAUAGCUCUGGAAAGGAAGGACAAUGCGGAAGCAAACCACGCAGGCGACAAGUUUGAUUGGCAAAAAGGAGUGUGGAAACUACACACUGUGCCAAAAAUAAAGCUUUUCCUCUAG